AAUCAAACUUUUUUUCCAAAGAUUUCCAAAGAUUUUCCGAAUAAAAAUUUUUAUCCAGAAUUUUGGCUUUUACAUCGAUACGAACAUCGAUUGGAAAUAAAAAUUAUUCUCGAUUUCUAUCCAUAUGGUUUUCAAGAUAUGGGAAAUACCGACACAAAAUUAUCAUAUCGUCAAGCUGUUAUUAAUCUAACAACACGAUCACAGCCAAUCGAACCGGAUGAUGAAUUUUGGUCACAAUUUUGGCAUGAAAAUCAUAUCGAUUCGAUUGGUGAUGUAUUUGCAUUAUUAACUGCUCAAGAAAUACGUCAAUUACGUGAUGAAUCACCAUCAAAUCUAUCAACAUUAUGUUAUAAAGCUGUUGAACAAUUAGUUAGAGUUACUGAUACAUUAUGUAAUACAGCUAGUCAACAUCGUACAGUGCUUACUUGUUCGGCCUUAUUGACAAGAAUACUUCCAUAUCUUUUUGAAGAUUCAGAAUGGCGACAAUUUUUUUGGACACAAUUUCCAACAACACAAGAAUCUAUUGAUGAAAAUAAUUUAUUAUCAUCAACAUCAUCAUAUCAUCAUCAACGUAAUCGGCCUUUAAAAUCAGAUUUAUCUGGAUGUGAAAUUCUUAAUCAACAAAUUCCAUUAUCACAUUCAUUAUUAUUAGCAAUUGCAGAUUUAUUAUUUUGUCCAGAUUUUACUGUUGCACCAUUAGAUUCGAAAGGUAAUCGUUUCGGUGCACCGGAUACACCACCCGAAGAUUUACAAUCAAUCGAUAGUUGUGAAUAUAUUUGGGAAGCAGGUGUUGGUUGUUCAAUUGCAUCACCAUCAUCAACAACAUAUGAUAAUCAUCGUACACAAUUAUUACGAUUAUUAUUAACAUGUUUUUCCGAAUCAAUGUAUUGUUCGGCUGUACAUGUUGGCCAUCAACCAAAUCGUUGGAUACAAUUUUUUACAUCAAUUGAAAAUCGUCAUGCAUUACCAUUAUUUACAUCAUUAUUGAAUACAGUUUUUGCAUAUAAUCCAAAUAAUUUUUUACCAUUUAAUCAUCUAAUAUUUCAAGAUUCAAAAGAACCAUUAGUUGAAGUUUCAUUACAAAUAUUGAUUGUUAUUUUGGAUCAUGAUUUUUCCACACCAAUAUCAUCAUCAAUUGAAGAAGCAAAAAAAUCAUCACCACUUGUUUCAUCACAAGAUAAUCUAUUUAUUAAUUAUAUAAGUCGUAUACAUCGUGAAGAUGAUUUUGAAUUUAUUUUGAAAGGUUUUACAAAACUUUUAAAUAAUCCAUUACAACAAUCAUAUCUACCAAAUUCAAUGAAAAAAAUUAAAUUUCAUCAAGAAUUAUUGGUUUUAUUUUGGAAAAUAUGUGAUUAUAAUAAAAAAUUUAUGUAUUAUGUUCUGAAAACAUGCGAUGUAUUGAAAAUUUUAGUACCAAUACUAUAUCAUUUGAAUGAUGCUCGUGCAGAUCGAUCACGUGUUGGCCUGGUUCAUAUUGGUGUUUUUAUCAUACUGUUAUUAAGUGGUGAACGUAAUUUUGGUGUACGUUUAAAUCGUCCAUAUCAAGCAAUUGCACCAAUGGAUUUACCAAUAUUUUCCGGUACACAUGCUGAUCUUCUGGUGAUUGUAUUUCAUAAAUUAAUCACAACUGGUCAUCAACGUUUACAACCAUUAUUUGAUUGUUUACUUACCAUACUAGUGAAUGUUAGUCCUUAUCUAAAAACAUUAUCAAUGGUUGCAUCGGCAAAAAUUCUUCAUCUACUUGAAGCAUUUUCCACUCCAUGGUUUCUGUUCAGUAAUCCAACUAAUCAUCAUUUAGUAUUUUUUUUAUUAGAAAUAUUUAAUAAUAUUAUACAAUAUCAAUUUGAUGGUAAUUCAAAUUUAAUCUAUACAAUUAUACGUAAACGAAAUGUAUUUCAUACAUUAAGUAAUUUACCAACUGAUUAUGGAACCAUUCAACGAUCAUUAAAUCAGGCAAAAUUACAAACAUUUAAUUUGGCAACAGCAACAACAACCACCACUAAUCCAUCAACAGGACAAAUGAAACGAUUCAAUAGACAACAAUCAAAUAAAUCGAUUAAAAAUCAACAAGGAAGACCAUUAUCAUUGAUAGAAUCAUCAUCAUCAUCAAUAAAUCGAUCAUCAGUAAUUGAUUAUGAUGAUGAUAUAACACAUGCCACACAUUCACAUCCAUCAACACCAAUUGAUUGUAAUAAUGAAAAUCGUGGUAUAUCAUCAUCGACACAUCCAAUUACGACAAUGACAUCAUCAUCAUCACCAGUUGAUCAAUUAAUGACUGCUAAUGAACAAUCAAAUUGUUCACCAACACCAUCAUUAAUGUCAACAUCAACCAAUCAAAUGAUGAAUAUAACAUUAGCUGCUGUACCUAAAUUGGAAAAAAUGACUGAAAGAACACAUCCUAAUCCAAAAAUAGAUCAAGAAGAUAAUGAAGAUCAUGAACAAUCAACAGCAGCAGCAGCAUCAAAUCGAACAAAUUCACGAAGACCAAAAUCAAUGUCAAGGCAAUCAUCGACAGCAUCGGAUGAUCAUUCAUCGGCCGGUUCAUCAUCGAGAGGAUCAAAAGAACAGAAAAAUAUUGCACAAGAUAUUGGAAAUUGGCAUCCAACAACCGAAUGGAUUAUUUCAUGGAAACAAAAAUUACCAUUACAAACAAUUAUGCGAAUGUUACAGGUUUUAGUACCACAAGUAGAAAAAAUGUGUCUGGAUAAAGGAAUAACCGAUGAAAAUGAAAUAUUAAAAUUUCUACAACAUGGUACAUUAGUAGGAUUGUUACCUGUUCCACAUCCAAUUUUAAUACGAAAAUAUCAAACAAAUAUCGGUACAACAAUAUGGUUUCGAACAUAUAUGUGGGGAAUUAUUUAUUUAAGAAAUAGUGAUCCACCAAUAUGGUAUGAUACGGAAGUACGUUUGUUUGAAAUACAGAAAAGUUGAACAACAAGCAACAAACGACAAAUCUUAAUUUUUUCUUGUUUGUUUUGAAUUUGUUUUUUUUCAAUUAUUUAAUAUGAUUAUCGAG